GAGGCGCGGCCUAGCCCACAGCCCACGCCGCGGCGAGCCGCCGGCAUGGAGCCCCCGGCCCCGCGCCGGGCGGCGGCGGCGCAGGCGUCGGCCCCCGCGUCGUGGCGAGCGCUCGUCGAGGGGUGCGAGGACAGCACGCUCCUCCUGGACCCCAUGCGGGCCGGCUGCCCGAUCGUGGGGGUCAGUGCCAGGUUCGCGUCGCUCACCGGGCGCGGCGCGGAAGGGCUGAUAGGCAGGGGGCUCGACUCGCUCUGGGCUGGCGCGCCGAUGAUGCUGGUCUCUCGGUCGACCAAGCAGAGCUUCGAGGACUUCUGCCAGGAGUGCCGCCGGCCCGACCUCACGCACGCGGCGGAGGCCUGCGGGGUGCAGCCGUGCGUGCGGGAGGACGGUUCAGUCUUCUUCGUCUUCCUGGCGCUGGGGCUCUGCGCCUCCCAGCCGGAGCCGGCCGAGGAGGGCCCCUUCAGGAGGCACGUCCUGGCCGCCGCCCUCCGGCUGGAGGCGGCGUCGGCCCUGGCUCCCGGAGCGGUGCACGGCGGGAGGCACGCCACGGUGCAAGGAUCCCUGUGCGCGGCCAUACAGCGGCAGGGCAGCAGCAGAGAUCCAGCGUGCGCGGGUGCGCUUAUGGCGGCCAGCCUGAAGAAGACCACCGUGCAGCACCACGGACUCGGCAACUCAGCUGGGUAG